ACUACUUGUACAAUGGCUACUGACGGUCAAGGAAAGAGCGCAAGAGCUCCUAAUGAUAAUGUGGACUACUCCUUAUAUUUGGUAACAGACUCUACCAUGAUUCCAGAAUCAUCUACCUUCAUCAAGCAGGUCCAGGAAGCCGUAGAUAGCGGUGUUACUUUGGUUCAAUUGCGUGAAAAGUCGCUUUCGACUCUUGAAUUCGUUAAAAGAGCCGAAGAAGUUCACAGUAUAACCAAAAAGAAGGGAAUUCCUUUAAUUAUCAAUGAUAGAAUUGAUGUCGCACUCGCUAUAGAUGCUGAAGGUGUUCAUGUUGGUCAGGAUGACAUGCCUGCUGAAUUGGCUAGAAAGUUGUUGGGCCCAAAUAAGAUUUUGGGGGUCACCUGCUCAAAUCCCGAAGAGGUCGAUGUUGUAGUCAAACAGAAAGUAGCCGACUACGUUGGCUUGGGGACCGUGUACAAGACUAACACCAAGAAGAAUGUCAGUGAUCCCGAAGGCACGGGACCCAUCGGAAUCAGAAAAAUGCUUCGUGUUUUAGGAGACUACAACAAGGAAGCUGACUACAAGAUCAAGUGUGUGGCUAUCGGCGGAAUUAAUCAUUCCAAUGCCGAUAAAGUGUUGUACCAAUGUCAAGUGACUGAGCAGAAGCUCGAUGGUGUGGCCGUAGUUUCGUGUAUAAUGGCUUCAGCAGAUGCUAGGAAGGCUACUUUAGACUUAGCAAAAAUUAUUGCUUCUGAGCCUGCCUUUUCCAUUACUACUCGUUUAUCUGAAUCUAACCUUGAUAGUUUUCUGAAGCUUCAACCAUUGGUUCACCACAUUACCAAUAAUGUAGUGAAGAACUUCAGUGCCAAUGUGACCCUAUCUAUUGGGGCGUCUCCUAUCAUGUCUGAACUAGCUGAAGAAUUCGACGAGCUUGUUGGCAAUGCCAAACAUAUAGCUUUGGUUUUAAAUCUAGGAACACCUUCUCUGGACAUGAUGUCAGUCUUUAAACAAGCAAUUCAAGUAUACAACAAAUAUGGCAAACAUAUUAUAUUUGAUCCCGUCGCCUGUGGGGCUACCAAAGCUCGUCUAGAGUGUGCCAGAAUCCUCUUGAACACUGGCCAUGUCUCUGUUAUCAAAGGAAAUGUUGGUGAAAUCAUGUCUGUAUGGAAGUUGACUACUUUCUACAUUGCCAAAUCUGUUGGAGAAUCCAACACCAUGAGGGGAGUUGACUCCAUUUUCAAUCUUCUGGAACACAUUUUGCUCGAAAGAGCUCGUCAAGUAGCCCUGGAGUUCAAGACAGUUGUUGUAGUCACCGGUAAAAAGAACUUCACGGUUUCUCCAACUGGUAUAGUAAGAUCAUGUCUUGGAGGAAGUCCAUUGAUGGGCAAGAUAACAGGUACUGGGUGUUCUUUAGGCAGCACUAUUGCUGCAUUCUUGGCAGCUGGAGCUGACGGUGAAUUAGAACAAGACUCGACGUGUGUAUUUGAUGCUGCCACUAUUGCAGUAGAGAUGUAUAACAGUGCAGGUAAGCAAGCGGCAGUCAGUGUCAGUACUCCAGGAUCUUUCAGUACUAAAUUUCUUGACCAUCUAAGCAGGGGACAGGAUCUUAUCCCAACUUUGUUCUCUAGACCCUAAAUGCACAAUUGCAUCUAUGACUCCAUACAUAUACUAUUGUAUUGCAUAUAGAUAAGAAUUUCGUUAAUUAUACAUCGAUGUCAGA